AUGGCUGAUCCUAUUGCCGUCAUUGGACUGGAUGCCAAGCUUCCAUGCGAUGGAGAUAGCGUCGAAAAGUUCUUUGACUUUUUGAUUGCCGGAAGAUCUGCGCGAGCUCCUGUUCCUGUAGAUCGCUACAACGCGGAAGCAUUCUGGCACCCCGAUAAUCACAGAGAUGGAGUCAUCGGUGGAAAAGAAGGGCAUUUCAUGCAAGCUAACGUGAAGGCGUUUGAUGCACCAUUCUUCGCCAUGACUCCAGCAGAGGCUGCGAAUCUGGAUCCGCAGCAGCGAAUGCUGCUUGAAUGCGUCUACACAGCGAUGGAAAACGCUGGUUACACCAUGUCUGACAUGCAGGGCUCGCCCACUGGCGUCUACGCGGGAGCGUUCAUGUGGGACUACCGAGAUCUCUUGAUCAAGGACGUGGACACUCCCAUGACAUACACGGCGUGUGGCACCAUUGCCAGUACCCUAGCUGGGCGUGUAUCAUGGUUCUAUGAUCUCCGAGGUCCAGCCCUGAGUGUUGACACUGCUUGUUCGAGCAGCAUGGUUGCCCUUCAUCAAGCUGUCAUUGGCUUGAAAGCACGCGACUGUAAUAUCGUCAGUACCAAAUCUCAUAGCUUCCUCCCUCCCAUAUUAUGCUAA